AUGGCAAGCGCGGGCAGUCUACCUACACGAUUUCCCUGCUGGACGAAAGCUAUCUAUAGCUUCAGUGGGGAAAACAAAUCUGACCUUGGCUUCGUGGAAGGAGACCUUAUUGAAUGUUUAAACGCGGGUGAUGGGAGUUGGUGGAUGGGACGGCUACGGCGCGAUAAGAGGAUGAUGGGGUUGUUCCCUUCGAAUUUUGUGCAAGUCUUGGACGAUAGCUUCCAGCCAGCAAGCAGAGCAUCGAGCCCAAUGCCAGACCGUUCCCCAAGUCCGAAUCCGUUCAAUCCUCAGCCACCUCAGAAGACAAAAACCAAGGCCUUUCGGAAACCCUUCACGGCAUAUGCUGCUCCUGAUGCAGCAGCUCAAAGGCGAGCGCAGAUCAAGAAGCAGGAGAGCAUAUCAGUAGUUCGGGCCCCGUCAACAAACCCUAGGAGUAUUCAUGAUGGUAUACCCCGGGUACCUUCACCUGAAAUUCCUGGUUAUGGAUCUCGAGCGCCAUCUCCAGCCCCGCAAAUAUACAGCCACACCAGUUACGGCUCGAGAGCCCCAUCCCCAGCCCCACAAUCAUACCAUAACAGCAGUUAUGGUUCAAGAGCACCUUCUCCUGCUCCUGCGAGACAAAACAGUUAUAUGUCUCGAGCGCCUUCUCCUGCUCCUGCAAGACAAAACAGUUAUAUGUCUCGAGCGCCUUCUCCUGCUCCUCCUAGACACAACAGCUAUAUAUCUCGAGCGCCUUCUCCUGCUCCUCCAGUACAUAGCAGUUACGGUUCUCGGGCUCCUUCUCCCGCUCCUUCUUUCCAAUAUGUUGCCUAUUCUAGGGAACCUACACCACCAGAAGCGGACUUUGAUAUUGGGUCAUCACCCCCACCUCCCCCACCGCCGCAUCGUACAAUUCACACCCCACAUCAAUCCACGAGCUCCUAUCAUCGACCAGAAGAAUAUCACACUCCACGAGCAACGUCUCCCUGUCCGCCUUCCCCUGGAGGUACCGGACUAACUCCUUCCCCGCUUCGCUCCGCCAUGGACGAUGUAAUGUCGUCACUUUAUGAUAUGGGCGCUUCUCGGGAAACGGCAACACCUGACCAACCGCUAGACCCGUGGUCUCCUGAGGCUUUUGAUCAGACUUACAUAAAGGCGAAGAGAAACGAUACCCAAAGACCAAAUACGGCAUUAGGACUUGGUGCCCAAAAUGAGUACGACGAUAAUGUGCCACAACCAUAUAUAGGUGGAUCUCAGUCACGGAAUGUAGCGGAUCAACCACCACCCCAGUUGAGUAACUAUGUCCGAAGGAUGGAAGACAGGUUAAAUAAAAUGCACACCAGUAGUCCCCGGCCGCGAGAUGGCUACGAUAACCGUCCCGCCGUACCACCCAAAAAUUUAUAUGACCGCCCAAAAUCUAUGGCAGGAAACUCUCAGUUAGAACCAAAACUGCGUCACCGAAAAUCGGCUUACGAGGUUGGUCGAUCAAUACUGGGCAGAACACUCACAACGAAAACUAAUUCAACGUCCUCCUCCUCAGGCGCCAGGAGCACUACAACAGAUGUGAGCGCAAGUACCCAACUGACUGACAAGAGUAUCAUGAGUGGACCCUCCGCUAGUGGAUUCUCGUCAACUAGUGCUGGCAGUUUGGCAAGGAGAAAGGAAGCUCUGCAUGGUCGAUCUCGGAGUGCAUUUGGGUCGCGACGAGACGAGUUUUUAGGUGCGAGUGGCAGUCAAGUAGAUUUCGGGAGCGCCUCGGGAGUCUCAUACCACAGUAGUCAUGCCUCAGGAGCGAGCAGACCUCAAUCUCAAUCGGGCUGGCAUACGUCGACAAACGAGUCGGGAAGUAUUCUUGGAGGCCUAGUCGCACCGAAGCCCAAGAAGAGUGGUUUUUUCAAGAAAAUUAUCGAAUCAGCCAAGACCGGUGCUGCGAGUGCAAGAAGUAGUAUAGCUGUCAGUGAAACGGCGAGGCCCGCGCUUCCUUCAAAGAUGUCGAAUGGGGUUACUUCUAUAGCGGGUGGAUUUGGGAACAGUCAUAGUGGCCAUGGUAGCAAUGCAGCAAAUGACAUGGGUCUUGGAGGUGGAGGCAUCGACUGGGUUCAAGUGCGACGCGAUGUCAAUCGAUCAAACACGCUCAGCAGAAUUGAACGGGUUGAGAGGAAGGAGAGAUGUCAGAUGAUGGAUCAUCCAGCUAUAUCCCCAGUUGAAGAGCUCUUUGAGGGCUGUGAAGGAGACGAAGGUGCUGAUGGCAACCCUGUGGUUGAACCUACAGAUUUCCAUGCCGUCAACCUCUCCCUCGUCGACAAAAAUUCAAGAUUCAUCAAUAGCCUCCCACCAAUGACCAAUCCUGUCAGCCUGGCUACUGGAUUCGUCUGCCGACCUUACCGAAGCGAUGUCCAACGAUUAAGGGCAAUUUUCACUUGGGUGAGUGAGAAGAUUAACUGGGAGGAUGGUCUCGAGAGUGACCCCGAUUCCAGAAGAGUCAUCCAAACGAAACGUGGUUGUGCAGAAGAAGUGGCUGUUCUCGUUCUGGAGAUGUGUGCGGCUGUUGGGAUUCAUGCAGAAGUUGUCUGCGGAUACCUCAAAACCCCCGGAGAAGUCCCCGAACUAGGGGUUAUGCCUCGUCCGAAUCAUUUUUGGAAUGCUGUCAUUGUCGAUGGCGAAUGGAGAAUGAUGGAUUGUUCACUUGCAUCGCCUUCGAAUCCCCGACGAGGACAGUAUUCAAGUGCUGGGGGGCAAUUAGCCGAAAGCUGGUGGUUCUUGACCCGGCCGACUGAAAUAUGCUGGACUCACAUUCCGGAACAACAUGAACAGCAGCAUUUGUGCCCACCAAUGGCAUUCGAAGUGUUACUUGCCCUGCCAUGUGCUUGUCCGCCCUAUUUCAAGAAUGCGCUUCACAUGGCCGACUACGAUACCAGCCUUGUUCGCAUUGAGGACCUUGAACUCAUCCAUAUCAAGUUCACCGUUCCUUCCGAUAUUGAAUGUGUGGCAGAGGUCGAAGCACGAGCAUUUGAACGCGAUGCAGAUGGUGACUUUUUCGAAAGUGGGGACGUCAUCAAAAAGCGUGCCCUAUCUCAAGCCGAGUGGAUUGGAGGACAAAAGCGCUAUACUGUGAAAGCUCUGCUGCCCAGUGAUGAGGGACAUGGAACGUUGAAGGUCUAUGCUGGAAAGCGUGGCCUCAUGCAUUCCAUCAAAGACAUUCCUCAUCCGCUUGCCUUUGCAUUACCUAUCAUUCAUACUGGGGAUAAUCCAGCUUAUGAUCCGACAGCAUCCAUCUUCACUUACGACAUCGUCAUCAAAUCCUGGGGGGCUUCACCAAUCCCAUUCAUGCGCCCCUCCUCGGCAAUGUCAACAACAGAAUCAGCGGCAUCAGGGUCCAAUCCCAGCACGUCUAGUGCGUAUACGUCCAAGAAGCCUGCAAAAUUGGCAAUUCAGUCUCCUGGUGGCAAGGUCCUGAGAUUGAUGAGAAAGGAAGAGAAGGUCCAAAGCACAAGCCAAGGGCUGGAGAAAGGAGACGGUGGGACUUGGGAAACCAUCAUUAAAGUUGGAGAAAGGGGGGUUUGGCGAGGUCUAGUGCUGGCGGAUAGAAGUGCUAGAUGGUGCGUCUUUGCGGAAUGGACAUGUGUUUGA